CAGCGUACGGGUCCUGUUCGACUCAAUCGGAUUUCCGCAGUGUGUCCUUUGGAUGUACAUGUCACUCAAAACCUGAGUGCCGCUGCUGAAUCCUAUUCUCUACGCUAUUGUUCAUAGUCGUCUACAUUGAACGACACCGACUCGAUUCAAUCCCCACUACUACCGCCACCAUGUCGACUUCAAUGUCCAUCACCCUGCCGGGUGUGGCCAUUCUCACAGCAGAUGCAACGGGUGCUCAAUAUUCAAGAUGGCGACGCGGAUUGAAAGCUGCAUUCGAAGCCAAGGGGCUUUGGGAGUAUUGCGACGGCACACGACCAAUGCCAAUGCCAGCCUCCGGACCAAACUUCUUCUCACCAGUGGUAAAGUCAAAUCCUCAACCAGAGCUUUUGGACGAGCGAAAGGCAUGGAUGAAGAAGGACCGGGAGAUCAAGCGCGACAUUUUCCUAUCUAUAAGCGACGACAUCAAACUUGAAGUCUUCGAGGUCGGCCCACCAUUGCCACCAUCUGCCAUGAAAGCGUCUGAGAUGAUAGAAGCUCUUGACCAAAAGUUCCAAUCUUUUAAAUUCGAGGAUUACCAUCAUGCUUUCUGUCACUUCCUAAAUCUCCAUAUCGACCAAUAUCCAAGUGUCGAGGAAUUCAACAAAGAAUUCCAGGCUACCUUGGAGGACCUACUGGACCAUGGUUAUCCCUUGGACAAUGUCCAGGCCUGCAGCGCCUACUUCUCGAAGCUACGCUGCACACAGAACCCGUGGGUUGCAGACAGGCUCAAGGAAUGGGACACACUCGACACAGCUCCCCAACUGGCAAACUUGAUGAAAGAGUGCCCGCCCUGGACGAUCAUCCGACCACUGACAACCAAAGGCGCAACCGCACCUCAGCAGCAAGCAGACGCACCAUCAGACAACGAGCAAUUGAUCGGGACACCAAGCUUGAAGGCCGACGACGCUUCCGAUAGCAACUCCGAUAUCUCGACUCCCUCUCUGAGCGGAACCUCCAGUGCUUCACAUUCACGUAACUCAUCCACCAACACCGUAGCCCAUGUACGAAAGGCGUCAAGUGAUUCUCCAUUCACACAGGAGAUCACUGUUCAUGCAAGCAUGGAAGACUUGACGGACAUCAAGUCUUUCCCGCUGCCUAUUCGAAGUAUUCCAAAGGGACCAACCUCAGCGCCGAUGCGUCUCAGCAUGCAGCAACCCCUUUCGAAGCCAGACAUUCAGGCCCUCCCGAAGAUGCUGGCACCGCCAGUGAACCGACCACUCCCACCAAUUCCAGGAAACAACACUGCAGAGGUUCGAUCGCGAUCUGUCUCUCCUCAACCCACCACGGUUCCCAUUAUCAAAAGCCCUGUUCCCCCUUCCCGACCACACACUCCCGCCGGACGCAAAUCACCUACUCAGGACCAAGCAAAAGUCCAUCCAGCAUUGAGAUCCAGGGCUUCAUCUACCUCGCUCGCACGACAACCGUCUGUACGACACGCGAAGUCACCAAGACUAUCACCGCCACCACCACCGGAACUGCAGCGACCACGUUCUUCCUCGGGCACAUAUGCACUCUCCGCUCCUCGCACAACACCAGAUCUCACUGAGCGCCCGUCCACAUCCCGUUCUCCACCAAAGUCCAACCCUUUCAGCAAAUCACCUCCACUCCGCCGCAUCGAUUCCACUUCUUCAUCAGUCAUCAGCCUCCCCCUUCAAGGCGUACCCGAACACCAGGACACAGUGAUCUCCGGUAACAUCUCCACUACGACCACGACUACAGGACUGGGCUUGCAAUUUGGCCCUAGUGAGGAGCAGGUUGCAGCGGACACCGUACGCUUCAGUUCCAGCCCUCCACGAAACCUGAUGAGCAGACUGAGCUCCGAACUCAAUGACGACGACAGGCGGUACAAGAAGCGGAGCUGGAGCAUCAAAGCCAAGCUCAACGCGAAGAGAUACGAAGUCAAGGAGAUCAUCUAAUACCCUUUUUUUCUCCCCGAUUAUGAUUGCGGUUUCUUUCAUUCUUCUUAUCGAUUUUUCUACGGUCUAUGGCGUAAAAAGCAUCGCUACCUUUCACUUGAUACCUCUCAGUAUUCUCUUUCUUUCGGCUUCAUCUAUGAU